UCGAAUGUUGUUGUUUGUAUGGGAAAAAGAAAAGUAACUAAUAUAUUUGUAUCGAAUAAGCUAGCAAUUUCCAUGACAAAACAUUAGAAUUUCAUAUUUUACGAUGGAGGAAGAAAUCUGCGAUGAAGAGGUAGACCCAAGAAUUAAGGACGAAUUGGAAAGAUUAAAUAAUGCUUCACAUCAAAUCAAUCUCCUUGAAAAAGAUCACGAAGAUGCUCAGGAAAUGUUUCGUCUCACAUUGGCUGAAUCAGCAUCUCAUCUUAAGUCCUUAUAUGAUAAACUUGGAAAGAAAGUGGACCAGGCCAGACCUUAUUAUGAGACAUUGAAUCAAACUGAACAUGUGCACAAUGAAAGUGAACAAGCAGCAGCUCGUUAUGAAAGAGCGUGUGAUAAUUAUAAUGCAGCUAGAGACAUGGUGAAGAAAGCAGAGGAAAAAUUGAACCAAGAUGAAAGGUUUUUAGAUUCUGCAUGUCAAGAAAUGCUAAAUCAUGCAACUAUAAAGGUUAUGGGUGCUAAUCAGGAAAAAAUUGCAGCUGAAAGAAUCCAUCUUGAAGUGUCUCAGGCUUUCAAUGAAAUGCAAGAGAAGAAAACUCGCCUUCAAAAAAGUUUAAAGUCUGUUAUACACAAGACAAGGGCAUAUUUUGAAUUAAAAGAGAAAUACAACAAAGUACUUGAGGCACACAAACGUAAAGUAUUUAAACUAGAGAAUGAUAUAAUACUGGUAAAGAAGGAAUACCAUGCAGCAUUAAGAAAUCUUGAAGCAAUAAGCGAUUCAAUUCACGAACGACGGAGCAGCCAAAUGAACUUACUUGAACCUCGAGGUCAAGGGGUUGGAGCUGAAAAUCCAGAUGGAGCUUGUUUGGUUGACUUAAAGAAAAACCUGGGGGAUCCAAGGUACGAGGUUGACUCUCCCAGGACUACUGAACGUCGUAUUACAACUGAAGUGACAACGGAACUAGAAUGUGCUGUAAAGUCACUGAAUUUAGAAGCCAGUUCACCUGAACUUGACCGCGAUUUCACCCCUGAUGGAACGCAAGAUUCGUUUGGUGAAAUUACUUUAAGUUCUAAUGAUAGUGACAGUGGUAGCUGUGAUAGUAAUUUAUGUAAUACCACAUUUUCAACUCCUUUAAAACGAGAAGGAUCUACAGCUAUGGAAGCGAAACUCUUUGUAACACCACCACCAUCAGAUGAAAAUUCUGAGGAUAAUGUUGAAGCAUCUGCAAUAAGACUAGAAAAAUGGUUCUUUUUUAGUCCAGUUUCAGCAAAAAAUGUAGACACUUUGGAAAAGACGUAGUCUGUAUUGGGUUUUUUAUUCUUACCCAAAUUAGUGAAUAGUGAACGUCAUCAUGGCAGCUUGAGCUCGAUAUAUCACACUGAAACUGAAUGAUCGUAUGAUCAACUUGGUAUUACCACCCGAAAUUCCAGAAUUCGUGAAUCAACGGAACGCCUCAGAACCUUCAAUUAUUCUAUGAAUCAUUCCAUGAAACAUCUUUAACAACAUCCAACGGUUCGAGGCUAACAAAAAAUGAGACAUAAUUAAGCUUGCUAAAUGAAGAGUGAACGGGGUUAAGUAAACCAUAUUGAGGUAAUGGAGAGUUCAACUCUGGUCCCAUGUUUGAAAGGAUUCUUAUGAACGCGACGAAGGUGUAUUGAACCUUUUCAUCUUGAGAAACUCCAUAUAGACUAUGAAUAGUUUUCCUGGCAAUUUGAAAUGUUUCCUUGUGUGGUGUGCGUGUGUGUUGCAAGUUGCCAGGAAAUUUUAGAAAUAAGUAAAUAUGGGAUAUGUAAUGAUUAUUGACUGAGAAAGAGGACUGUGUUUGCGAGGUCGAGUUUACUUGUAUAUACAAAAUUAGGCUCAUUGAAUUUUCUAUUUAUUAUAAUAUUUAU